AUGCGAGAAGAACUGAACGCUAGCCGGGCGAGAGUGGCUGAGCUCGAGGAAAAGAAUCGCUCUUCAGAAGAACUUUUGAAGGAGGGACCGACCAUAACACAAGAAGUCGACCUGCUGCACAGUAAACAGUUAGAAGUGGUGGAGCUGCAAAAACAGCUAGCAACAGUACAUGCGGAACUGGAACUGCGGCGAAAAAAUCAGCAUCAAACGGAGCAAAUACGAUUCGCAGCGGAGCUGAAAGCGCUCAAGGAGAGAACUGCGGUGCAGACCCUGGCAGAGGAACCGGACAUUCUCAACGCUGAAGCCCCAAGCGAUCCUUUACCCUCCGCUUCAGUCAAGGUGAAAACCCCGAACGAUGCUCUGCAGCGCGCAGAACUAAAAAACACGGAACUAUGCGAAGCUAAAGAGCACGCUCGCUCUGCCAAUAUGGAGCGGAUCCAGGCGCUGGAGGGCUCCAACUCGCGCUUGUCAAGGGAAGUGCUUGAUCUCAGGGAAAGCGCCGAGACGUACACCCGGACCAUGAUUAGAAUUACGAAUAUACCGAUGGAUUACACCCAAGAAGAUGUCAUCAGGCAAUGGCUUGGCAACGGGAAACAUCUGAUUCAUUGGGAUGAAAGCCCUGAUAUGUUCAUGCGACUCCAAGAAAAUGACACCCAAUCCUGCAUCGCCUAUCUUGCAAAUGAACAAGCUGCAUUAGAGCUGAAGUCCCGCUUCGAAGGCUUUGUAAUCUUUGGGAAAAAGCUUCGAUUUGAGGUGGAGACGCUGAAGAAAACGGUGGAAGCAGAGCCGAACCCGGGCUUCACAUCGACAUGCUGGACUGUGGGCACCCUAUUUGCUUUACAUGUAGCAAUGGGUCAACCAGAUACUGCUCGUACUGCUAUGCCACGAAACCGAUCAGGCUUAUUGAUGCAG